AUGGCCUCCUGGAACAGCUUAGAAGUCACCAAUGAGCACCUGCUCCCCUACCUCAACUCCGAGGACGCUCCGCCGGAAGUCAAGGCGGGUAUGCAGGCACUCCCUACAGAGCGUAACAUCCUCAAGAUCCUCGGCCACUCCACCGCCAACUUCCCAUCUUUCAUGAAGCACCUGAACUGCCAAUGGAGCCCUGAGCGCAAGCUGCGCUCCUCGGACUGGCAGACCGCCGUGCUGCGCACCGCAGCGGUCCUGGAUGCGCCGUACGAGUGGGAAGUCAACGAGCUCCUGGCACGUAUCUUUGGCUUUAGCGACGAGCAACUGGCUGCUCUGAAGGACCCUCACACCGCUCUUCCCGAGGCUUUGUUCUCGCCUCGUCGCCGGCUUAUAGCACUUGCCAUUGAGGAGCUUAGCAGUUCCGAGAACCGCAUAACCCCUGAUACGCUGGAGCGGAUGAAGGCGGUGUUUAGUACGGAGGAGAUCGUCGAGCUACUGUACAUGCAUGGGAUCUAUGCAUUCUUGGCUCGGCUUAUGAGGACCGUGAAGAUUGACUCGGAUGGUCCGAUUCCCGGGCUGGAGGACACGUUGAGGAAAUACAAUGCGGAAGCUAUCGAGAAGGAGAAGCAGUACAAGGAUUAA